AUGGACACUCGCGACACUCCGCCGUAUUCGGCGCCAACGACCCCAGAACAGUCGAAAACCGCCAACUUCGUUGCGCAAUCUACGGCUUCCACUCCAGAGAGCAUCAGCUCAGCAACUCUCAACACCACCCCCCACAUCCCAAAGAACCUGACCCAGGACAUGGUCGAAGCCGACCCACGCCUCAAGCGACUCCAGCAAGACCUACUCGUCCUGACCAGCUUUAACGACAACAGCACCAUCCACUGGCGCCCUUCUUGGUUCCAACAGGAACCGUUCUCAUCACGCGUCUGGACACUACACAACCCACCCCACGUGGUCACGGAAGAACUUCCUCGCCGGCCGGCUACGCGGCAGGUCAUGACGCGCCGGAUGAGGCGACCGGGUGACCGGCCUCCGCUCUACAUGAGGAGCCAAGUUCAGUGGGAGCGAUACUGCGAUAUGUACGGCGUUCCGCAUGACUUCCUCUGCGAGGAUCAGAUCCGGCUACUGCGAUUGGGAUUGCCGCGAUCAAGGGAUGGCCGGCUUUGCGAACCCCUGUCAUAUCCCCUGUACCCGGAGCCGCAGCCUCUCAAUCAGGGCGACUACGUCCUGGAUGUCCGCAACUAUGGAGGUCUCCCCCCCAAGUUCCGCAGCGUGGACCCGGAGUUUGGCGAGUACGGCGAGUGUGUGGUCGUGCUCUCAGAUGGUAGCUUGCGAGUCGAGCAGCGUGCGGGGCGGUGCGUUGCGAGAGAUCAGGGGGCAGGUAGGAGGUGGAGUUACUUACCGUGGACGGAAGCGCAGGAGGUGAGCUGCCGGCCCAUGACGCUGAAGCUGCGGUUAUGGAACUCAGUCAAGGUGGAGUAG